UUUACUCUGACGAGACAUAUCACUCUUUUCUGUACCGUCAAUCACGUUCCUUCUUUUUUACCAGCUCAUCCGUCUUGGCAGCAAUAUGGUCUCUUUCUCAAGGCUCGUCACUGCUGCCCUGGUGGUAGCCUCAGCUGCAGCAUCCUCCAGCAAGCGUGGUGCAGCCUACAACGAUGCCUCACUUGUCCGUACCCUGGCAAAAAGCAAGUCUGGAAGUAUGUCGUGGUCAUACAAUUGGGACAUGAAGAAGAACGGGAACAUGCCAUCGGGCGUUGAAUUCGUGCCGAUGCUCUGGGGUACCGACUCGGUGGAUGACUGGGAUUCUGCGGUAAAGACUGCAUUGAAGGAUGGCAGCAAACAUAUCCUGGGUUUCAACGAACCGGACAACGCCUCGCAGGCCAACAUUGGUGCCUCCAAGGCUGCUACCUUGUACAAGAAGUAUAUCACCCCGUACGGAGAUCGCGCCAAGCUCGUCAGUCCGGCCAUCACUUCAUCCACCCAGUCCGGCGAGGGUCUUAGCUGGUUCAAGACAUUCAUGAGCGAUUGCAAGAGCUGCAACAUCUCUGCUAUGGCUGUCCACUGGUACGGUGGGUCGUUUGCUCAGCUCGAGUCGUACAUGAAGGAAGCUAUCGAGACUGCCUCGAAGUAUGAUAUUGACGAGGUCUGGCUUACCGAGUUUGCCCUUGACACCGACACCAGCGGCAUCACCAACGAGUCCACGGCUAAGACCUUCCUUGAGAAAUCGAUCAAGUGGAUGGACUCCCACCCCAAGGUGGGCCGUUACGCUUACUUCUAUACCGCAAACAAUUUCUUGCUUACCAGUGGAUCGGUCAACGCCCUGGGCAAGGUUUAUGUUUCGACCUCUUCGUCUUCUUCUUCUAGCUCUGAGACCUCAUCGACCAAGACUUCAACCAAGACCUCGACGAAGACUUCUACGAAGACGUCGACCAAGACUUCCACAAAGACCUCAUCAAAGACGAAGACCACAGAGACUUCCAAGUCCACGAGUACCAAAUCCGCCCACACGACUAAGACUGCAGAGAAAACGAAGACGGUCAAGACUACCAAAUACGUCACGUCCACCAAGACUGCAACGCACACCAAGACUGCUUCUAUUACGCCGCAGGCUGCCUGGAGCUCGGUGCCCACAAAGUCCGCAUACGGAUGGUAGGC